UCCGGGGCAGAGCACGCGAGCGCGCGCGCACGUGCAGCCUGGUGGAGAGCGGUGAACCCGGCGGGGCCGCGGGAAUGGGUGAAUUUAGGGUCCAUCGAGUACGUUUCUUUAAUUAUGUCCCAUCAGGGAUCCGCUGCGUGGCUUACAAUAACCAUUCAAACAGAUUGGCUGUUUCCCGAACAGAUGGCACUGUGGAAAUUUAUAACUUGUCUGCAAACUACUUUCAGGAGAAAUUUUUCCCAGGUCAUGAGUCUCGGUCUACAGAAGCCCUGUGUUGGGCGAAAGGACAGCGACUCUUUAGCGGUGGGCUCAAUGGAGAGAUUGUCGAGUAUGACCUACAGGCAUUGACCAUCAAGUAUUCAGUGGACGCCUUUGGAGGACCCAUUUGGAGCCUGGCUGCCAGUCCCAGUGGCUCUCAACUUUUGAUUGGCUGUGAGGAUGGAUCUGUGAAACUCUUUCAAAUUACCUCCGACAAAAUCCAGUUUGAAAGAAAUUUUGAUCGGCAGAAAAGUCGCAUCCUGAGUCUCAGCUGGCAUCCCUCUGGUACCCACAUUGCAGCUGGCUCCAUAGACUACAUAAGUGUGUUUGAUGUCAAAUCAGGGAGUGCCACGCACAAAAUGAUAGUGGAUCGGAGAUACAUGGGAGUGUCCAAACGGAAGUGCGUCAUAUGGGGCGUGGCCUUCUUGUCCGAUGGCACGGUCAUAAGUGUGGACUCCGCGGGGAAGGUGCAGUUCUGGGACUCGGCCACUGGGACACUCGUGAAAAGCCAUCUCCUCGCAAAUGCUGACGUGCAGUCCAUCGCCGUAUCUGAUCAAGAAGACAGUUUCGUGGUAGGCACAGCCGAGGGGACGGUGUUCCAUUUCCAGCUGGUCUCUGUGGCUUCCAACAGCACCGAGAAGCAGUGGGUGCGGACCAAGCCGUUCCAGCACCACACGCACGAUGUGCGCGCCGUGGCCCACAGCCCGACGGCUCUCAUCUCUGGAGGCACAGACACCCACUUGGUUAUCCGUCCUCUCAUGGAGAAGGUGGAGGUAAAGAAUUACGAUGCUGCACUCCGGAAAAUCACCUUCCCUCAUCGGCGACUCGUUUCCUGCUCAAAGAAGAAGCAGCUUCUCCUCUUCCAGUUUGCUCAUCAUCUGGAACUCUGGCGACUGGGAGCCACAGCUGCAACAGGAAAGAAUGGGGAUGUCCUUCCACUCUCUAAAAAUGCAGACCAUUUACUGGAGCUCAAGACAAAGGGUCCUGAGAACAUCAUUUGCAGUUCUGUCUCCCCUUGUGGAAAUUGGAUGGCUUAUUCCACGGCCUCUCGGUUUUUUCUCUACCGGCUGAGUUAUGAACAUGACAGCAUAAGCCUCCAACGGGUUCCCAAAACGCCAGCGUUCCUCCGCUCUGCCCUUCAGAUUCUCUUCUCUGAAGACUCCACCUGGCUCUUCGUGGCAUCCAGUCAAGGGCCUCUGCAUAUCAUGCAACUGUCGGCAGGAUGCUUCCAACACCUGCACACCUUCCAGCCCCCGUCAGGGACCGUGGAGGCCAUGUGUCUGCUCGCAGUCAGCCCUGAUGGGCAUUGGCUGGCUUCAUCUGGCACCAGUGCCGGGGUCCACGUCUACAGCCUGAAGCAGUUGAAGCCUCACUGCACAGUGCCUGCUUACAACUUCCCUGUGACUGCUCUGGCCAUCGCCCCCAGCACCAACAACCUUGUCAUCGCGCACUCCGACCAGCAGGUAUUUGAGUACAGCAUCCCAGAAAAACAGUAUACAGAGUGGAGCCGGACCGUCCAGAAGCAGGGGUUUCAUUACCUUUGGCUCCAAAGGGAUACCCCCAUUACACACAUCAGUUUUCAUGCCAAGCGACCUAUGCACAUCCUCCUGCACGACACCUACAUGUUCUGCAUCAUCGACAAGGCCUUGCCUCUUCCAAAUGACAAAAGCUUACUCUACAAUCCACCUUCUCUCACGAGUGAAUCAGGUGUUGUCAGGAGGCGUACACCCCAUGCCUUUAAAAUUUCUAAGAAGUAUAAGCCUCUCCUCUUCGUGGAACUCCUGGAUGAAAGAACACUGGUGGCAGUGGAGCGGCCCCUGGACGCCAUCAUCGCUCAGCUCCCACCACCCAUCAAAAAGAAGAAGUUUGGGACUUAAAACAACACCGCCUAUUCCCGUCCUUGUACUGUCUGUCCUGUUUCUUUUCAGAGAUCAUGAUAAUAAAAUACAGUUAUUCUUGA